CAUUAUUCCCGUGAUGAGUGGGUGCAGAAGUCUGUUUCUGUGUGGAUACGUGUUGACCGCGGUGUUUCAUACAACACUUCCUGCAUCAGUGCGCGACCGGUGCGUCGACCCCCCUGACCUAUCUGCCAGAUUGUCCGCCAGUAACUCUCAACUCCCACCCAGCCUAGAAACCCCAGACCCCAGACCGCGGCUCAACGAACCCCUAUCCACAGACUGUCCGUCACACGUCCCCACGACCGGCCCCAUCAGCGACCGGAGCAACUGCCCCUGGUAUUAUGCGCCUCAAACAGACAGUUCCAGGUUCCCCAAUAUGAUUCUACGGGCGGAGCUAAAAUGUGGAUAUUUCUGUCGACGGCCGAAACGAAACGGCCGCCUGGUUGAGAUGACGGCUGGAAGAUGUCUGCCUAUAUUCGACACAGUGAGAGUGUUGAGACACGAAGGGUGCAGCUCCGGCAUCAAGCGGUACAAUCUGACUGAGGAGCAGGUGCCCGUGGCCUACACGUGCGUCUUCCCCCUCGUCAGGGAGAGUGGAUCGUUACAGAGUAUCUAUGGCUUCGCGGAGUAG